CCCUCCAAUCAACCGCUAAGUCCUUAGGGUUUCUUUUCAUUCUUUACCCAUGGCAGACGAAUCUCAGUACUCUUCGGGCACAGACACCGCACCCACCACCACCAACAAGCGCAAAUAUGAUGACCCGAUUACAACGUCGUCAACGCGUCGCCCAACUGGCUUCUCCUCGCCUGACUCCUCUCAUGCUCCGCCGUCAUACAACAGCGUGCCCCCGCCUAACGAUGAUGAGAUCCAGAUUGCUAAGCAAAGAGCUCAGGCGAUCGCCGCUCGUCUCUUCAAUACUGUCGGUUCUGAUAUUAAGCGCCCUAGGGUUGAGAAUGGUGCGUCUGGCUUCGAUUCAAACGAGAAGGGUUUUAGCUCUCCACCUAACGACGUGAAGUCUUUGUCAAACGCAGCCCCUUCAGCAAUUCCUGUUUCAUAUGGAUCCUACCAGGGAGGUUCGAGCAAAAAGAUUGAUAUUCCAAAUGGUAGGGUUGGUGUUAUCAUUGGGAAAGGUGGAGAGACUAUUAAAUAUCUUCAGACUCGUUCUGGAGCAAAGAUUCAGGUUACUCGAGAUAUGGAUGCAGACCCUAAUUCGGCGACUAGGAUGGUAGAGCUCAUGGGAACCCCUGAACAAAUAGCAAAAGCGGAAGAGUUGAUAAAUGAAGUUCUUGCGGAGGCUGAUGCAGGGGGUUCGGGUACAGUUUCUAGAAGGUUUACAGGUCAAGGUGGUUCUGAACAUUUUGUGAUGAAAAUUCCUAAUAACAAGGUUGGUCUGGUAAUUGGCAAAGGAGGGGACACAAUCAAGCAGAUGCAGAAUAGAACUGGAGCUCGUGUUCAGGUGAUACCUUUGCAUCUCCCUCCUGGUGAUGCAUCAACAGAAAGGAAUGUGCAUAUAGAGGGGACCAGUGAACAGAUUGAACUUGCAAAACAGUUGGUUAAUGAAGUAAUCAGUGAGAAUCGUGCAAGGAAUCAGUCAAUGUCUGGUGGUUAUCCUCAGCAAGGGUAUCAAACCAGACCACAGACAAGCUGGGGUCCACCUGGAGCUCCUCCAAUGCAGCAACCUGGUUAUGGCUAUGGGCAGCCUGGAGCUUACCCUGGCCAAUCACAACAGUAUAACAUGUCUCAGGCACCUUAUGCUGGGUAUCCCCCUCAACCAUCAUCUGCUGGAUAUCACUCUAACUGGGACCAGUCAAAUGUGUCUGCCAAUCAACAGACUGGUGGUCAGGGUUAUGAUUAUUAUAAUCAGCCAGCUUCAUCACAGCAACAAACAACCCCUGGUGGUACUGCACCUCCAGCUGAUAACAGUGGUUAUAGUUACAGUCAGCAUCCAUCUUCUGGUUAUAAUCAGCAGGGACAAGGUUAUGCUCAGGAUGGCUAUGGUGGGUAUCCUCAAUCUAGCUAUGGUCAACCACAGCCUUAUGAUCAACCGCAAGGUUAUACCUCAGCAACCAAUUAUGGUAAUGCAACUCAAGAAGGAAACACUUCCUCUUAUGGAGCCCAAGGAGACUUGGCCCAGGCACCGAGCCAACCCCCUGCAAUGAGUCAGCAAGGUUAUACCACUGGACAGCAGCCUAGCCCAAAUCCAUCAAGUUAUCCACCUCAAGGAACUACUCAGCCAGGAUAUGGACCAACUUCCCAAACUGGUUAUGGGAGUCAACCAGCAGCUCAGCCUGCUUAUGGGUCCAACUAUGGACCUCCUCAAGCACAGAAACCUCCAGCAAAUCCUCCUGUUUAUGGGCAGACACAACAAUCACCAAGCACUCCCGGAGGUUAUAGCCAGCCUGCCCCUGUGCAGCCUGGCUAUCCACAUUCCCAGCCACCACCAUCUGGAUAUACUCAACCAGAUUCAGGUCAGCAACGUGCCCCAUCUGGUUAUGGUGCGGCUGGUGCUCAGGCAGGGUAUGGUCCAACUUAUGGUUCAGCUCCAGCUAGUCAAUCAGGUUAUGGACAGGGGAUGCAACCUUACAACACUUCUUAUGGUGGUGGUUAUUCUCAACCUGCGGUGUAUUCUGCUGAUGGCAAUGGAAGUAGUAAUACUCGGGCAACUUAUGAUGCAGCUCCAGCGUCACAGCCUGUUCAGCAGAGCGGAGUUGCAAAAACAUCCCCACAAAGUUGAUAUGGCUUCAGACACAGAUUUUGUUGUUUGAUUGUUGGUUAUGUAUUCAUGCUGUUAGGUUUAGUUAGGUUUUUAUAGUUUUUUAAGACUUAAAUGCAUUGGCCUUAGGUGAACAUUUUCUGUUCUGUUUUUGAUGUUUUCUGCAUGUUUAAAUUUUAUUCUUCUGCUUUAGUUGUUAGUUAUGUACUGUUUAAGUAUCUAUCUUGUUGUACUUGCAUUUUGAGUUUAUUGGGUUAUGCCUGAAUAUUCUCUAGUCA